CCUUUUGUUACUGAGAUUGAACAACUAGAAAAAGAGAUAGUAAUGAAUAUCCUAGGAAAUCGAAGCCUUAUUAUUGCAAGUCUUGGUGCUGUAACCGCUGACCUUUCGCAAGGAAAUAAUUUGACUAGAGUUAAAAGGCAUGGUGCUAUAAGAGGAUGUCGUACAUAUAAUAUAGUAAAAAAUUCCUGA